AUGAAAAGCGGGCCUCUCUGGACUCACAUCAUCUCGGCUAUGUUCGGGCCCGGGCAAUUGGUCUCCGCGUUUGUGCCCGCUGUUUUCCAUUCACCUGCAGCUCCGUUUUUCCCGGGCUUCCCGGCCCGGCAGAUAUUCAUCCCGGCGGGGCCCUACGUCAACUUCGAGUCACUCAGGAGUUACCUGCGGCCAGAGCCAUGCAAGGAGGCGCUACUGCUGGCCACGCAGGCCAUUGGCAUGACUCCACUGGGGGAUGGUGCGGACGAGCAGAGGCCUGUGAAGCAGCGUCGCGCCCGCGCCAACUACAGCAGCUGGCAGCUGGAGGAGCUGGAAAAGGCAUUUGAGAGUACCCACUACCCGGAUGUGUUCAUGAGGGAGGCCCUGGCCCUGAGACUGGACCUCAUUGAAGCCAGAGUGCAGGUUUGGUUCCAAAACCGGCGUGCCAAGAUGAGGCGUCAGCUGAAAGUUCAGGGCCAGCGUGCGUGCCCUCAGACCAAAGCUAGACACAAAGCCAUGACAGAUAAAACAACCCAUCGUUUAAAACAACACACGGACUCUUCUGACAGCGAGCUGCAUCUGGGAGCGCAACAAGAUGAUGACAACUAUCCGUGGUCAAAAGCCAGCAUUGCUGCGGCAGGUCAGAGCUCAGAGCGGCUGCGCUCCAACAGCAUCGCCAAUUUGAGGGCCAAAGCCAGGGAGCACCAAGCUGAGAUAAACGGCGCCAUUAACAUGUUGGAGGGCGUCGCGCCAUCCCAAACGCAAGAAGUGGACGGCCUCUAUGGUGUCGAUUGA